UGGCAUAGUACAAUGAAACGAAUCAUUACACAUUCACACACAAGAAACAGACUAUAAAACGUUUCCCGCAAAACAUGCACGACAAAUCUGAAACGAAAAUCACUCCACCUCUAAAUAAAACAGGAUGAAGCCCGAAAACCCAGAUGCCGAAUCGGCCGCUCCGCUCCUGCCCGAGCUCCGGUCGCCGGAAACCCAAUGUCCCAGCGGCGGCGCGUUGGUUUCAGGCGCGGUGUUCAACGUCUCCACCAGCAUGAUAGGCGCCGGAAUCAUGUCGAUCCCGGCGACCUUCAAGGUGCUGGGCGUAAUCCCGGGCUUCAUUCUGAUACCGAUCGUGGCUUUAUCGGUGGAGAUAACGGUGGAGUUCCUUUUGCGGUACACGAAUUCCGGUAAAGUGGUUACUUACGGCGGUCUCAUGGCGGAGUCGUUUGGGAAAAUCGGGUCGAUUGCGCUUCAAGUUUGCGUGAUGGUAACGAACCUUGGUGCGAUGAUUAUUUACUUGAUUAUAAUCGGAAGAUUAAUUUCUUAUGUGAGUGUUGAUCAAACGCCCAAGGAUCAUCCCACUAGGUAAAAUCAGCCUAAAAAACUUUGAAGUUCAGGAGGAGGAAAUCAUCACUUUCUCAGGUUUUGCAGGGAGAACCUCCUACGAACACCAAAAAAGGCAUCAAAAGUACUUGAAAG